AUGGUCAAACUGGCUUUUGAUACGCAAGUGGAGGGACUCAAUUUUACCCAAAAUGCAACUGUCUACAUACGUUACAAGGACUCUUGCGCGGCUCGGGUUGGUAAGGAUGUUGACCGCAUUGCUAUCGUUAGAAGAAGCUUCGAUGAGCUCACGGGACGCUUCACUGUCGAGGGUCAGAGUUCACCAGCGCCAGAAAAGGACACAAAAGACUCUGAGUUUGCCGUUUAG